AUGACACGACGUGUGUACUUCGUCGCCCACGGAGGCAUGGUCCAAGGUGUUGGAUUCAGAUACUUUGCCCGGAAGCAAGCAAAUGCCCAUGGAAUCACUGGUUGGGUCGAAGGAGAGGCCCAAGGAAAUGAGGACGUCCUCCAGACCUUCCUGAAGGACGUCGACACGGGUCCCCCUGGUUCCAAGGUCGUGAAGCUCGACACGGAGGACCGAGACGUAUCAGAAGGCGAGACUGGCUUCGAAGUGCGACACUAG